AUGAUAUUUCUUUUUCUCAUAUUUACAUUUUAUAGGUGGUCACAUGGAGCUAUUAUGUAUGAGAUGCUUGUGGGUUAUGCACCAUUUUAUUCCGAAGAUCCAAUGUCAAUGUGUAGGAAGAUAGUAAAUGGGAGAAGCCAUCUUAAAUUUUCUGAAGAGGCCAGACUUUCAUCAGAAGCUAAAGAUCUAAUCAAUAAGCUAUUAUGUAAUGUGAAUCAGAUAUUUGUAAUGAACAGAUCACAUAUGAUAAAGGCUUAUCCAUGGUUUAGAAGCGUUGAAUUGGAAAAGCUAUAUCAGAUGGAAGCAGCUUUCAUACCCGAAGUUAUUGAUGAAUUGGACACACAAAACUUCAAGAAUUUUGAGGAGGUGAGUUAUUAUUCCCAUGCUGCUUAG